GGCAGCGCUCCGCCCGGCCGGGGAUGCGGCUCUAGCGGCCCCGCGAUGAGCGGCUCCUCCAUGGCGAAGAGCGAGUCCCGCACUUCGCUGCUGAAGGCGGCGGGGAGCAGGAGGGCGGCGGGCGCCCAGCCCCAACCGCAGCCCCAGCCCCGCGGCGGCCGUGCCCGGGACGGCAGAGGACGAGGCGGGCAGGCGGGCGGGGAGUCGAGCCAGGAGUCGCUCCCCGGGGAGCCCAGUGCCCGCAGGCCGCUCUGCCACCCGGGCGCCCGCGAGGACGGAGCGAGGGGCGCGGGGAAGCUGUCACAUGGACGGGGGGAGAGCCAGCCGGAGCCCGCGGAAGGAGGUCCGAGGAGAGGAGGCAGCGGCAAGGAAGCGGCGCGGCCAGCCCGGCACCACCACCAUCCCCCGCCGCACGGCAGCCACGGUCACCCCCAGGACCAGCAGCAGCUCUCAGACAGGGAUGGGGAGGAGGCGGAGGAGGACUUUUUCCUCAGUCACAGGCAGAGGUCCAGCAGAGAGUCCCUGAAGCUCUCAGAGGGCGCCUCGCCUCUGUCCAAAUCCAGCAGCAAGUACUCCACCAAGUCCAGCGGCAGCGAGCGGUCGGUGGAAGCGGACCCCCUUUUCCACCAGCUGCACCCCAUGCUCAGCUCGGUCUUCGGCCAGGAUAGAGAACUGCGUCCAGAAGAAAUUGAAGAAUUAAGAGAAGCCUUUAAGGAGUUUGAUAAAGACAAGGAUGGGUUUAUUAACUGCAGGGACCUGGGGAACUGCAUGCGAACCAUGGGUUACAUGCCUACAGAGAUGGAGCUCAUAGAACUCUCCCAGCAGAUCAACAUGAACUUGGGCGGCCAUGUGGAUUUUGAAGAUUUUGUUGAGCUGAUGGGACCAAAGCUGCUGGCAGAAACUGCAGACAUGAUUGGUGUAAAAGAGCUCCGUGAUGCCUUCAGAGAGUUUGACACUAACGGUGAUGGGGAGAUCAGCACCAGUGAGCUGCGAGAAGCCAUGAAGAAGCUCCUAGGGCAGCAGGUGGGUCAUCGGGACAUUGAAGAGAUCAUCCGGGACGUGGAUCUGAAUGGAGAUGGGCGUGUUGACUUUGAAGAGUUUGUUCGCAUGAUGUCCCGUUGAAGAUUAUCCUCAGCUAAAGAAAAAUCAGCACCUUAGAGAGGGCAGAAGAGGACCUAGAUGGAGCAUCUAGCCCCGAUGUUCCCACAGGAAGGUUUAUCGGCUGGCUGCAAAUGGGACAUUGCAAGAUGACCUGCUGCUCCUCCCUCACGGUGGUCCCCAUGCCCCUCCACCCUUUCACACUGUGAAAGACUUACGACUUCCUAUAACUGGAACCAUUCCUUUGAGAUGAUUGCAGGAAACUGCAGAGCCAGGACUUGCCAUGAUGCUUUCAUGGGUUAUUUGCAACUUUAAACUCCUCCUCCCCAGCUUUAUUCUCCCACCAGCUGCUGCAAAGCAAGAGCAGGAUAAACCCUCUUGGCUUGGUGGACGAGAGCAAAGCCAUUGGAACUGGUGGCAGCCUCAGGGCGUGCUCUGCACUUCUUGGUUUCCCUUGGUGAACCCUGUCUGUGUUUGCUGUCUACGUGUGUGUGUCUAUCUGUGUGGAGUUAUUUAUGCUUCCUCGGCACAAAGUUGCAUCUCCCGUGGUUAUGUUUACCAGAAGUAAAUUCAAAUACAUGUCUUGUGGGGGGAAAGCGAUAAAUAUGCACGCUGAAAUGAUGUGGAGCCUGGAUGUCCGUGUGAGAGGCAGCGGUGGGGCUGGGGGGGAAGGGCUGCGGCAGAUACACACUCUGGCAUCUGCACCAGGGUGCGGGGGCCAGUCCUGGCUGCGGGACAGGGAGGCCCUGCCAGCCACAAAGCCUGAAGCUGGGCUCUGCCCUCCCUGCUGCUGGCUCCCCCCCCUCCACCCCCCCCCCCCGCAAAGGGGCAAGUGAGAGCUCCUCGGGGUGAGGAGCAACGGGAGAAAUGGCACCAGGUGAGGCAGCCACAUCUAGCCUCCCAUUUGUGGACCAUUUCAAACCUGUCAGCGUAUGCACAGUGAGGGGCUGCGCUGUGGGGCCUGUGUUGUAACUGCUGGUGCUGAGGAUUGGCCAGGAACCCUGUGAACUCCUUGUGUGGCAAGGCCCCACUCUCUGGCUUGAUCACACUUAAGAACGCUGCACGUAUCCAUAGCAGUGACCAUGCAGCAGCUUCCCUGCCUGCUGCAUCCAGACACACCAGUCCUCAUCCUCCUCUUUUCCCCAAGCUCCUCACAACCUCCCACUCCUUUUUCCUACCCUGCAGGACUUGCAGUUGUCCCUUUUCUCUACGCAGAGGCUCUGUCACGAGCUACCAGGACUAAUUUCUGCUUGGCUUCAAAAGGCAUCAUGAUUGCUGUAGGCUGCUCAGUGUAACUGGGGGCUGCUUUUCCCCGUUGCCUGCUUCCUCCAAGUUGGAGAUUAGGGACUGAUACCCUUCUGCUUUCUUCAUCUCAGGUCUCUCCCUUCCCAAGCCCCCUCUCAAAUUAUCAGGGUCUACAAAUCCACAUCCCAAAGGGGGAUUUUCUGUUCUGCUUUCCUGUUGCUGUGCCAACAAGCAUAGCUGCGGCAACGACUGAUAUCCCAGCAAUGAAGAACUGUGUUUCUCCUUGUAUGUGUGCAUAACAGCGUUUGUACAGGCGCAUGCACUGGCAAAGGUUUGUGUGUGUGCAUGCGCAAAAGCAGGGAAUACAAGUAGGUACCUGGCAGUGCAGCAAACAAGUUUAUUUGCAAGUGGGUGUAUGCAGACCCUGUGCCUGUUUAUCUGUGUAGCUGGUCACCUUAGAAAUGUGUGUCUGAGCUGAGAAAGUGGAAAAUAUGUAGCUACAGGCUUCCAUAUUUAUUGGUACAGCAGCUGUAUUGUGCUUAAGGGAGGAUAAGGGUGAUAGACUGAGCAGAGUCCAGAGUCCUGGUGUGCUGUGUGUGUGCUUAGGGCAAUACUGCAGAGGAGUCAGACCCGUUCAGGCUUGUGUCAGCAUGCAGACGUGCUUUACUUACAUUGGAGCCCACUGAGGAAGAAGCAUUCACGUGUAUGCUGAGAGGAUGGAUGUGCUGCUGGCCUGUGUGCCACAGUGACUGUGGCUGCCCGCAGGGACCAGCAAUAACCCAGGCACAUGCCCCGUGCCAGAGCUGGCAUGCAGAAACCCAACAAGCAUUGGUGGGAACAGGAACAGUGGCCACUUGAACCAACGGGUUGCUCUGCCCACAGUGGCAGAUUGCAGGACACAACCCUAAUUUAUUUAAAAACAUAAACCUAUUUCUGGAGGCUGCAGCGAUCCGCACUGCACAGGAUCCCCCACAAGCACAGCAUCACGGUGGCUGGGGAUGUUCCCUGCUAACUUACAUGGGUCCCUGUGUCUGCAGCCUGGCAGGGCUGUGUCUGCCUUCCCCAGAAGCACUGGGGUGCAGGCACAGGGUAGAGGUGGCCACAGGGCACCUUUGUGGCAGUCCUGGAGCCACAGCUGCUUUCGAGGAAAGCUGAGCCUCUGCCAAAUGACCUCCAGUUCUGUCCUUCCAGGUUUUACCGUGAUACAUCAAACAGGUCAGACAGGGCACAUCUCCAAGCAUUCAUUUUUGUCCUUCCGCCACAAGCUCUUGCUGGUUUUGUUUACAUAACAAAACCCAAAUAAUCCCAGAGAGUUUUCUUAUUUUCUUCUGCUGGCGGGGCCAGAGAUUAAAGUUCCAAUUUAAAUAAUCUAAUUCCAGAGAUAAUCCUUUUGCUCUCAUGUUCAGACCCCUACCAGGGAGCCUUCCAAGUAGCUCCAGACAUCGAGGCAGAGCGGGUCCCUCCAGGCACACAAGCCCCGUGUGGUCGGCCAGGAUCCAGCUCAGGCAGUGAGGCUGGUUCAUGUUGACUUCUCAAAUAUCUCUUCUCUGUUGCAGCCAUGAGGUCUGCUUCUGCCCCACACGUCUCCAUUGCUCUUUUUAGAUAUCCUGAAUCCUGAUCUCUUUUUUCCCCGCAGGAAAUGGCUAAUGCUCAAAUCACAUGCCCCAUAUGUGGAUCACCAGGGCUGCAGACCAGGUGGGACUAAUUCCCAUAUGGGAGUUAUUUCAGCACAGCUGCCAGGGGACAGGGAGAUCAAGGGACUGGGAAGGCAAUUCUGAGCCUUUCUCUUGUAGGUUACUGGUGUAAAUUCUGUCUGCAUUGAGGGACCGGGUGGUGCAAUGGAUUAGUAGCAGCAUACAGAGCCUUUGACAUCUGGGGUGCAAGCUGGCAUCCAGGCCAUUAGUGACUGCAGGUAACAAUUAUGGGGCAGCAGUGUGGGACAUCACGGGUGUGGGCCAACACAGCACACCCACCUUCCACUGCCAGUGGCCAUGGAGCAGAGCAAGUUCUCCUGCACCCAAACGAGCAGUGCCACGGCCCCAUCUCACUUGCUGCUUUGCUAAUCCCUCUUGCUUCAAGAUAGUUUGCUAAUUAUUGGGAAAUAAUCAUCCAGGCUAGUUACUGGAAAACGCUCUGACAGGAGGUGUUGCAAUGCUCAGUGCAUUGCCAGCUAGCGAGGCUGAGCCCUCAGAUGGAGGGGAAGCAGAGCAUGAAGGGAGAGUUGCUGGCACGUUGCAGCAAGACGUGCA